CCUUUCGUCCUCAACCUUCGUUCGUUAACACAUUUGGAUCAUCGCUUGGUCUGGGCAUCCAUCCCAAUGGUCUCUGUUCUUUAAGAACCUUCCACCCCCUCGGAUCUUCACUUUCAUUUUCGCUUCCUAGAGUCGCACUCGAUCAACGCCUCGCUUCAUUCCACUCACCUCUUACCUGUCUCUUACCACACGAGGGCAUCACAUCAUUUACACAAUGAAGGCCUCUUCUAUUGUCUCCGUCAUUGCUGCUGCGGCAGUUGGCCGUGCGGUUGCUCAAUCCACAGGCGAGCUUGGUGAUGCCUCUGUUGUCAACAACCCGGCUGGUAUCGUGUACGAGGCUGUCUUGCCCGAGAAGCCCUUUUUCAAGGCCGGAUCGCUGGACGGUAAUGUCGAGGGUUCCAUCGUCGCCGUCACGGCUCCCGACGGGAAAGGUGUAGAAUUCAAGGUCCGGUUCUCCAAUCUGCCUAAGGAGGGCGGCCCAUUCACCUACCACCUUCACGUCGAUCCUGUUCCUGCCGAUGGAAACUGCACCAAGACCCUCGCUCAUCACGAUCCCUUCAUCCGCGGCGAGGCCACACCCUGCAAUGCUUCGAAGCCUGAGACGUGUCAGGUUGGCGACUUAAGCGGCAAGCAUGGCGCCGUGUCCGGGGACUACGAGAAGACCUAUGUCGACCCCUACCUCUCCAUCGUUGAGGGUCCCGGUUCCUUCUUCGGCAACCGCAGCUUCGUCUUCCACUUCGCCAACAAGACCCGCAUCAGCUGUGCCAACUUCAAGCUCGUCACAAAGCCCGACUCCCACGACAACUACACAUCGGUCACUGCCACCGGCUCGAUCCCCGUCGGCACUUCUCGGCCCAGCACCAUCCCCUUCCCCGGUGCCGCCUCCGCCAGUGGCGUUUCAAUGUCAUUGAUUCUUGCGGGCUUCGCCGCCGUCGUGUUCGCGCUAUGAGCAGUAUGUCACUUUUCGACUGCAUCUGUCACCAACAAACAAGAUGAACGAAGCAUCCGACUUGCUGCAAACUGAUGAGAACUGGCGUUAUUUUGGGAGUCUUCAAUUAGACAAUACGGGAUUGGCUUUAUGAGUACUAGAUGGAACAAGGGGGAAGUUUUUCUCUCUAGGUAUUAAUGGGCAUGUUUCAUCGCAUGAGGAGUAUGGCAGACCGCCACCGCCAGCGAAGUUGUACAUAGUUACCCUUUGGCAGGAGCACUAGAUGAUACCAGGACGAUGGAGGGCAGUCCAAGAAACCCCACCUCCAAAAACAAAACAAAAAAGUCUUGAC